AUGCAGUUUUUUGCAGAGGAGGAAACUUUAUUAGGAUCACUCGUAUCUAGCUUUCAACCAAAAAAAACUGAAACCUAAAAGAAUUGGGGAGUAUUUGCAAUCCUGUUCAUAGCUGGACUCAUCCUCAUCAUAAUAUCAAUUCCAUUUGCCUCUUUUCUAAUACUCAAUCCUAAACCAUUCUGUUUACUUUUUUCAGCCGGCUCCUUUGUCGUCUUGAUAUCCAUGCUUCAAAUCAUUGAACUAAAAACGCUUUUCAAUAAAAUUUCUUCCUCAGCUGCUACCUUGGUUUACCUAGUAUCUCUAAUAGCUUGUCUCUACACCGGAAUGUUCUAUAUGGGAUACUUUUAUACUCUGGGAUUAUUAUCACUACAAAUCUCAACAUUAAUAUAUUUGACAGUAUCCCUUUUUCCAGGAGGUAAGUCAGGUAUGCACGCUGCUUUUAAACUAUUAAAAGGCCAACUCAAAGGAAUAUUCUUAAAAAAAACCUUUUUACCAUUGUGA